AAAAAAAUAUAAAUAAAAAACUUUAUGAAACAAAUAAUAUAUUAAUAGCCCGUGCAAAACACGAGUGCAAGAUUGUAUCUACAUCAAUGAUAAAUUUUCCUUAAUUUUUUUAUAUAAACAACAAAACUUUACCAUAGUCUUCAUCAUUUUCCUCUCAUAGCAAAAAAACCAAAACUCACCAUGGGUAACGAAAAUCACGAACUUCACAUAAUCUUCUUCCCUUUUCUAGCCAAUGGCCACAUCAUACCUUGUGUAGACCUUGCAAGAGUCUUCUCUUCAAGAGGACUCAAAGUCACCAUUGUCACAACACAUCUAAACGUACCUCUCAUUUCAAGAACCAUCGGAAAAGCCAAAAUCAAUAUCAAAACCAUCAAGUUCCCUUCACCCGAAGAAACCGGCUUACCAGAAGGUUGCGAAAAUUCCGAAUCAGCAUUAGCACCAGACAAGUUCAUCAAGUUCAUGAAAUCCACCUUGCUUUUAAGGGAACCACUUGAACAUGUUUUAGAACAAGAACAACCAGAUUGUUUAGUUGCUGACAUGUUUUUCCCUUGGGCUACUGAUUCUGCAGCAAAAUUCAACAUUCCUAGGAUUGUGUUUCAUGGUUUAGGUUUCUUCCCUCUCUGUGUUUCUGCUUGUACAAGACAAUACAAACCUCAAGACAAAGUUUCUUCUUACACUGAACCGUUCGUGGUUCCGAAUCUACCUGGUGAAAUCACACUGACGAAGAUGCAGUUACCGCAAGUUCCUCAGCAUGAUAAAGUCUUCACCAAAUUGUUAGAAGAGUCUAAUGAAUCAGAGCUGAAAAGCUAUGGUGUGAUUGCAAACAGCUUCUAUGAACUCGAACCUGUUUAUGCUGAUCAUUAUAGAAACGAGCUUGGACGAAAAGCUUGGCAUUUAGGACCAGUUUCUUUAUGCAACAGAGAUAAAGAAGAAAAAGCAUGUAGAGGAAGAGAAGCAUCGAUCGACGAACACGAAUGUUUGAAAUGGCUUCAAUCAAAAGAACCCAAUUCAGUUAUUUAUGUUUGUUUUGGUAGCAUGACGGUUUUCAGCGACGCUCAGCUUAAGGAAAUUGCAAUGGGUCUUGAAGCUUCUGAAAUUCCAUUCAUAUGGGUUGUGAAGAAAAAAGCUAAAAGUGAUGAUGAAAAACUUGAAUGGCUACCAGAAGGUUUUGAAGAAAGAAUUGAAGGUAGUGGUAAAGGGUUAAUCAUAAGAGGUUGGGCACCACAAGUGAUGAUUUUGGAUCAUGAAUCAGUUGGAGGAUUUGUGACACAUUGUGGUUGGAAUUCAACAUUGGAAGGAGUUAGUGCAGGGUUACCAAUGGUAACAUGGCCUAUGUAUGGUGAACAAUUUUACAACGCGAAGUUUUUGAGUGAUAUAAUUAAGAUUGGUGUUGGUGUUGGAGUACAAACAUGGAUUGGAAUGGGAGGUGGUGAGCCUGUGAAGAAAGAUGUUAUUGAGAAAGCAGUGAGAAGGAUCAUGGUUGGUGAUGAAGCAGAAGAAAUGAGAAAUAGAGCAAAGGAAUUUGGGAAGAUAGCAAGAAGAGCUUUGGAGGUUGGUGGAUCUUCUUACAAUGAUUUUAACAAUUUAAUUGAGGAUUUGAAGUCACAUAAACACUAAUGUUUGUAUGCAAGUAGUGAAGUAGAAAAUAUUGUCUCUUAAUGUAGUGGUAAUAUGUUUGUUCUUGUUGUGUGCUUAAGUUUGAUCACACAUAUCUUUUAUCAUCAAUAAAUUUUGAAUAAACA